AAAAAUCAUCAUUACGGAAAACAAAAGAAACGGAAAACAUGGAUGCUCCAGGGGUCACUGUUUUCAAGCAAGAUGGAAGCCACCAAUUUUACUGUCGAUGGACACCUGAAGAGGAUCAGCUGCUGUGCAAAGCUGUUCAAGAAUAUGGUUUGAAAUGGUCCAAAGUAGCUCGACAUAUCAAUGGAAGAACUCCCGUACAAUGUUCCACUCGUUGGCUAGGCGCUUUAAAUCCAAACGUGCAUAAAGGUCGAUGGUCGCAGCAGGAAGACCAGAUACUGAGAGCGGCAGUGGAAGCCCAAUUAAACGCGGGAGUAUCAGCGACCUCAUUGCCUUGGUCGAAAAUAGCCCGAGGCAUAUUGAACCGUACAGGAAUCCAAUGUCAGGCACGUUGGACAGAGGCCUUGGAUCCGAGUGUACGUAAAGGCCGAUGGGAUAAUGAAGAAGACCAAUUAUUGAUGGCGGCUGUGGCGCGUUUUGGCACUUGCUGGAUUCGAGUGGCAAGCCAGAUCCCAAGUCGAACACAGCGGCAAUGUCGUACACGAUGGAAUCAGAUCCGACAAAACAAAAAAUCAGCAGCAACAGCAGCAGCAACACAAUCUCGUCGUUCGUUCCAGUUUAUAGACACCCCACUUCCUGAAGAUCCCAAAACUCCUACUCUCACGACACCGCCGCUUCAUUUCACGCCAUCUUCCAUCCCCACCGCAGAGAAACCUCGUGCUUCGGUAUUUGGCGUCAAUUCGUUCUUCUAUCCUCCGGAAUCCUUUUUACGCUUUGAUCCCGACUUACCAUCCCUCGUACUAAAUGAUGAAUGUCUUUUUGACCUUAUUAGUCCUCCUUUCCCACUCUAAUAGCAUUUUCAUUUUUUGAUUUUUCAUCUUGUUCACACUCUUACACUUCUCUCAUCAUUUCCCAAAUUUUCAAUAAAUCCUUGCAUUAGAUCUUUCCCUUGAGUUUAACUUUAUCAUUCAUACUCCCUUCUGAAUAUCAUUUGAGUCACCAAGCCUAUAGAGUUCUGCAACAAAAAGCAG